UGUAAGAAGCUCUUGAAAAAUUCACAGCCAACACCUAAAUCCUGACUUGUGGACUAGCCAGACCAUAAACACACAGAGAAGCAGGAGAAAGAGGCAGAAGGAACUCAGGUCAUAAAAGAGAUUUUGGUGCAGAGAUCAGUCCGCCAUGUCCUAUCCAAAUGCGCCACCGCCAUAUAAUGACCGAGAUCCAUUGCAUAACCCAGGAUACCCCCCUCCCGGUGGCUACCCCCCUCCCGGUGGCUACCCAGCCCCGGGGGGCUAUCCACCCCCAUAUGGACAGCCUGGAGGGUUUUAUCCACAACCAGGUGGCUACCCAGAACCCAGAGGCUACCCAGAACCUGGUGGCUACCCAGAACCCGGGCACGACCCUCCAAAACCUGUGAUGCCGAUGUUGCCAAAUAUACCUCUCAACCCAGGUGGAACUGACCCCAGUGUGUACAACCCUGGAGAUGGACAGGGACAGUUCGGCUCCUGGGAUGACAAGGCUGUCCGACACGCUUUCAUCCGCAGGGUGUACGCCAUCAUCUCGGUCCAGUUGCUGGUCACGGUCGGCAUCGUGGCGAUCUUCACGUUUGUGGUACCGGUGCGCAGGUUCGUGGUGCAAAAUCCUGCUGUCUACUAUGCUUCAUAUGCUGUGUUCUUUGUCACCUACAUAGUCCUGGCCUGCUGCGAGGGGCCCAGGAGACGCUUCCCCUGGAAUAUAAUCCUUCUGGCUAUAUUUACUUUGGCCAUGUCCUUCAUGACUGGGACAAUUGCCAGUUAUUAUAGCACACAAGCUGUACUCAUCACCCUCGCAAUCACCGCCAUCGUCACCAUCGCCGUGACCGUUUUCUGCUUCCAGACCAAGGUGGACUUCACCUCUUGUGCUGGACUGUUCGCCGUCCUGGGGAUGGUCCUCUUUGUUACAGGGAUUGUGACAGCCAUCGUCCUGGCAUUUAAAUAUAUAAAAUGGCUGCACAUGCUGUACGCUGCAAUUUCCGCCAUCGUUUUCACUCUGUUCCUCGCAUUCGACACGCAGCUGGUGAUCGGAAACCGCAAACACACCAUCAGCCCCGAGGAAUACGUCUACGGCGCCAUGAAGAUCUACACUGACAUAAUUUACAUUUUCAUCAAUCUGCUGCAGCUCGUCGGCAGUCGGUCCUAGGACGAGCUCAAUUCCCGAGCAUCUGAGCGAGAGUGCGGCCAUUUUGUUCCUGACAAGAAGUCGAACGCUCUU